AUGGGAAUGAGGAAUGAGCAAGUUACACUGGGAUCCAAACUGGCAGUGCCGUUCAUCCUGACAACCCGCGGUGCUACAACUGCAUUGGGUAGAGAUGGUUUGUCAGCAGAAACUCUCCUGGAUGACUUCCUUCUCACGUACACAGUCUUCAUGACAACUGAUGACUUGUGCCAGGCACUUCUGAGGCACUAUUGUGCCAAGAACCACCAAGGGAAGGAAGACGACUCAGAUGUGUCCUGUAGGAAAAGAAAAGUCUUGCAUUUGGUGUCUCAGUGGACUUCUCUCUACAAAGACUGGUUACAUGAAGAUGAGCAUUUAAAACAAUUUUUAAAGACGAUAUACAGGAAUGUGUUAGAUGAUGUGUACGAAUAUCCCAUUCUUGAGAAGGACCUGAAAGAAUUUCAGAAGAUACUUGGGAUGCAUCGUCGUCACACUGUAGAUGAAUAUUCACCUCACCGAAAGAAUAAAACCUUUUUCCACCAGUUCAGUGUAAAGGAGAACUGGCUGCAGCACAGAGGAACCAUGAAUGAAACAGAAGAAAUUUUCUGCCGUGUGUAUAUAACAGAGCACUCCUACGUCAGUGUGAAAGCUCAAGUAUCCUCUUCAGCUCAGGAGAUACUGAAGAUUGUAGCAGAAAAGAUCCAGUACCCGGAGGAGGAGUUGGCGCUGGUGACAGUCACAUUCUCUGGUGAGAAACAUGAACUACAACCAAAUGACUUGGCUAUCUCAAAAUCUUUUGAGUCAUCCAGUCGUAUGUUUGUCUACCGAAAAGAUCUGACUGAUUCUUUGAACCCAUUUGCUGAAAAUGAGGAAUUGCAGCAAAGGUCUGUAAGAAUUUUGGGAAUCAACACCUGGGAUCUUGCCUUAGAACUAACAAACUUUGACUGGGGCCUCUUCAACGCAAUUCAUGAGCAAGAGCUGAUAUACUUCACGUUCAGCAGACAGGGCAGUGCUGAAAACACUGAGAAUCUCAGUCUUCUGCUUCAAAGAUGCAACGAGGUCCAGCUUUGGGUUGCCACCGAGAUACUCCUCUGCAGCCAGCUCUGCAAACGUGUACAGCUAGUCAAAAAGUUCAUCAAGAUUGCUGCCCACUGUAAAGCCCAAAGAAAUCUGAAUUCAUUCUUUGCUAUUGUUAUGGGUCUCAACACUGCAUCUGUCAGCCGGCUGUCUCAGACCUGGGAGAAAAUUCCUGGGAAGUUCAAGAAACUUUUUACUGAACUCGAAAGUUUGACGGACCCUUCUCUGAAUCACAAAGCUUACAGGGAUGCAUUCAAGAAAAUGAAAUCUCCAAAAAUCCCCUUCAUGCCCUUACUUCUGAAAGAUGUAACAUUCAUCCAUGAAGGAAAUAAAACUUUUCUGGAUAACCUUGUUAAUUUUGAAAAGCUGCACAUGAUUGCAGAUACUGUUCGGUCAUUGAGACAUUGCAGAAAUAACCAGUUUGGCAAUGAAGUUGCUUCGAAAGAGCAUCAUGAGCUGAAGCCAUACAUCCAUCACCUGCAUGUCAUCGACAACCAGCAGGCUCUGUUUGAGCUUUCUCACAGGAUAGAGCCGCGAGUUUGAGCGUACACAGCUUCAUAUAACCUUGUAACUGCAGCACUUUGAAUUAAGUGAAUGUUUAUGCCAAGCAUGUUGCUUCCCUACAUAAGAACAGUUUACUGAGUUUUAUCAGUAGCUCACACAACAUGCACAGGAAAAUCAGGCAAGAGCCAGCAAAGGAGCUGCUCACAGAGUUGCAGAGCAAGCUUGGUGCCAUCCCCGCUGGUCUCCGGGACAGGAGGGAGCAGAGCAGCGUCCUUUGAGCUCAGGAGCUUGGUUUCUGUGAAAAUAUUGUUUGGUCCAGUGUAGCUUUCAAUGCAGAUUCUGCCAGUAUUAGUAUGAAAGGAAAUGUCAUGUCACAGCAGCAAAACAUUUCAGCAAGCAAUGUGCCGCAAGGGGAUUGAUUCUCAGUUCAUCACGGGGCGUACCUCACUGAUUCAAGGCUACCCAAGUAUUGUUGCCAAAAAGACUGCAUAAUCCAUGCAGCUCCCAUGAGUCCACUGGAGCAUCUUAUUUGAGAUAAGUGCGGACAACCAGGAACGGGAAUAUAAAAAGACAGCGCACCAGAUGAAACUCAAGAGUGCGUCGCGAUUUGGAGGUUAGCAGUAAACAGUUCAUGCUGUUAUGGCCCCUUAAGAAUCUGCUUUAUAAAACACACUGUAAGAGCCAAUCCACUUUUGUUACCAUUUAUGGACAC